UCUCUUUCUCUCACUACUUUGCUGUCCCUGCUACGCAAAAAUUUGUCAUUCUCAAACCAUAGAAAAAAACCCACGUCACUGGAAACCUCGUCGCACCGUCCCUUCUUCCCCUUGGCACAAAAACCAUUUUUCUUGAUCGGCCAUGUUGGACAUGGCCACUCCUCCACUUUAUCAUUGCAUGCUUUGAAUUCAACACAUGACAAACCAAACAAAACCACGCUGCUCCUUUCAAUUCCUUUAUACCCCUCGUCGCCAACAACACCCCUCCCUUCCCUCCUUCUCCCUCCUUUCUUUGCCGUCAAAAUUUGGUUCGUUCCGCUCCAAAGCCUCGCCUUUUCCGCGAAUUCUCGCGUUCUUGGCUCGUGGGUCUUCUUGAACUUGACUCGGGCAUCGUGGGCAUCGUUCUUUUCUUCCCCUCUGAGCUCCUCGGAUGGGACCCAUUAAAGGAGGGGUGAAGAAGAAGCGGAAGAGGAAAGCAGAGAGUGGCAGCAAGAACAAGGUUGACUCGGACGCCGCGGUCGCCUCCUUACCACUCCAGCCCCGGUCGUCGGAUUGGUGGGAUGAUUUCUCCAAGCGGAUUACGGGUCCAUCCCAACUGAGGAAGUCAAAGGAAUUCAAGUCACUUUUCAGAAUAUCAAGAAAAACAUUCGACUAUGUCUGUUCAAUUGUGAAGGAAGACAUGAUGAAUAAACCCUCAAGCUUCACUGAUCUCUGUGGAAAUCCUCUGUCCUUAAAUGAUCUAGUAGCCGUUGCUCUUAGGAGGCUUAGUUCAGGGAAAUCAUUAUCAAACAUCGGUGAAUCUUUUGGAAUGAACCAAUCGACGGUUUCCCAAAUUACUUGGCGAUUCGUGGAGGCAAUGGAAGACAAGGCACUGCCUCAUCUCCGUUGGCCUUCUGAUGAAUCAGAAAUGGAACAGAUAAAGUCAAAGUUUGAGAAAAUUCGAGGCCUGCCAAAUUGUUGCGGAGCCAUUGACACCACCCACAUCCUCAUGAACUUGCCAAUGGUGGACCCUUCUAACAAUGUCUGGUUUGAUCGGGAGAAAAAGUGCAGCAUGGUUUUGCAGGCAGUCGUGGAUGCUGAUUUGAGAUUCCGUGAUGUAAUUACCGGUUGGCCUGGAAAACUGAGCGAUGCUACUGUUCUCAGUAGCUCAGGUUUCUUUAAGCUCUCUGAUGAUGGAAAGAGGCUCAAUGGCAAGAAAAUGCUGCUUCCUGAAGGAGAAGAAAUAAGAGAAUACAUUGUCGGGGAUGCGGGUUUCCCACUCCUGCCUUGGCUUCUGACUCCUUAUAAAGGAAAAGGCCUUUCGGAUCAUCAGCUUGCGUUUAACAAGCGGCAUCAUGCCACGAGAUUAGUGGCUCGGAGGGCAUUGGUGCGGUUAAAGGACAUGUGGAAGAUAAUCGAAGGGGUUCUGUGGAUGCCUGACCGAAACAAGUUACCAAGGAUCAUAUUCGUUUGCUGUUUGCUGCACAACAUCAUUAUAGAUAUGGAAGACGAGGUUCAAGACGAAAUGCCCUUGUCCCAUGAUCACGAUCCUGGUUACCGACAACAGAUCUGUGAGGCUGUCAACACCGAGGGCUCUUUGCUUAGGGAGAAGCUCUCUCUGUACUUGGCUGGAAAGCUGCCGCCCUGAAAAUCCUUGUUCCCCUUCGGGAAUUCCCUUUUUUUCCUUCUAUAGUGAUGCAUUUGAUUGAUAGAACCGAGAAAUGACGGGUGCCAUUAUAUUUUUGAGGAGUCGGUAAUUGUUACUGUUAUAUACAGAUUUUUGUUCUCGCUUUCUGGUAGGACAGAUCGAGGUACAGUUUUUUUCC